GAGGAAUAUUCAAUUGGGAUUUAUCGAUUAUGCCCUUUUUUUCUCGAUUGAAGCUGUGUCUUUUUGAAAACGCAGAAGAAUCUCUUCUAUCGACAUCCCUGAGUUCCUGAGUACGUUAUUAAAUUCGCGUUGUAUUGCGCAUGCGUGAGUUUCCCUCCAGCUGGAAACGAUUGCACAUUUGCACUACGCUUGAGAAAAGACCAUUCUAUAGUUGAAGAUGGCCGCUUAAAGUACUCGUCAACAUGCCUGCUGCAAAAAUGUAUCCGUCUGCGAUAGAAAUCCUCGACGCUGCUGCGAAAUCGACACGAAUUAUCACGACAGCAAAUAAGGAUUUAAAUAACAACGUUUUGUUUACGUGCGAGGAUUGUGAUUUCACAAAGAAUUCGCCGUCGUGUUGUGAACAAUAUCUACUACGUGAUCACAUUCGUCACGUUUGCGAACAUUGUAUCUCUCCUUACAAAGACUUUGUAAGAAGACGGAGAAGUAGUGGUGGAAUACCAAUCUGUUGAGUAAGGAUAUGCCAGGAAUUUAUGUACAUCUUGGAUCUCUGCAUCUCGACUUCUCUAGCAAGUUCGCCUCGUAUUCAUCAGCAAUCUCUUCUUGUGAAUCCAAUAUACAUUCUUCACAACACAUAGAGACACAUUCUGCAGGCACAAUGGAAAGAAUAUAUACUAUGAAUCCCGUUUUACGUGGAGAAAACAAUACAUCUAUGAAAGGUCAGAGAAAAAGUUUCUUCCAAACUGUUUGGGAUCGGUAUAUUGGCAGAAACUUUUCAAGAAUACCAACUAUCUUUUCAUCGAAAAUGAAUCCACUGUCUGUAACGCUUGUAAAUGAUGAAAUAUUAAUGCCUGAGUUUAUUGAAAAAUCGGACAUACAAGAGGAAAAAUCCAUUGAUAUUAGGCAUAUGAGUAAAGUUAUUUUGGAAACUAUGCAAUCCCCUACUACAGUUGUUCCAUUUAUCAGAAAUUGCCCAAAUACUUUGUCCGAUUUUGAAUGUUAUUUUGGCAAUGAUUUUAACAAAAUGGAACAACAAAUAAUAAAACAAGACAACAAAGAUAUAACCAUAGAAAAUCUUAUAUAUAAUAUGAUGAACUUUAAUAUCACGUGCAAAGAUAAAAGUACAAUGGAAUCUCAUUCUGUGUCGAAUAUUCGCGAGACCAAAGAUUUGAAUAAUAUAAAUAAUAAAUCUUGUUCUACAGAAAUUGAUUUACAGAAUCGCACAGAUACCGAUAAAGAUACAUUAGAUAUGGACAAGAAUCCUGCCUCUAAUGAUGUUAACGUUAUUGAAGACGCCAAGACUUUCCUUAUAGUUUCCCAUUCGGAUGUGCCAGAACUCGUAAAACCCGUCAAGAAAACUCCAAUAUCGGCACGUUUGUCCGUCAUGUGUCGAAAUGCUUGGAAUAGCCUUACCACUCGAUUUUAUUGUAGAACAAACUCUGUGCAAUCGGAAAAAUGCGUCAAGCGCUCGUCGUAUUUAUUGAAGCGACAUCGUCGGAGAAGGGCCAACGCUAUUGCGAUGGGCAGAGGUCGCGGUAGAGAGAGAUGCCAACUUAGACGUUCCGGGGUGAGUCAAACCAGACAUCGGAAGGAACUUACCAGGCGCAAUCUCGCCAUGAUUAUUGAAUUAGAUUGCAAAAUUUUUCGAAACGACGAGAUACAAUAUUAUGGAAUACAAAACGAUCAUUCAUUAAAUGACGAAUCUGAUAACUUGGACGACAUGGAUGGUUACGAUGUUCCAGAUGGUGCUUUGCUCGUAAAGCGGAUUAGUCCUGUAAUAUUUAAUUUUUCCGAUGCAACGCCUACGAAACGAAAGCCGCAGACACCCGAGGAUCAAGAAAUAAUAAAAGACCCGACUAGAGUGCGUUAUGUAAUCGAUCCUUCGAUAAAGAGUAAUAUAGAUCAUAAGACGAAAACAUUUAAUAUAGAGGAAAAUCUAGAGUCGCAGUCGGUGAACUCUGUCGAUUCUGAAGAUAGUUUUGUAGUUUUUGCAGCUAGCGAUAAUGAAGCGCCGAAACGGGAGGCGGUGGAAUAUUCGACCGAAAUGCAUUACAUUAAUUCGAUAAAGAUCAACGAGAAUAAUAGUGAAAUGUAUGAUACACAUGAUAAUUCAUUCCGAUCGCGAUUAUUGUCGGAAUGUUCUGUCGAUUCCGAAGAUAGUUUUAUAAUUUUCAGAGAUAUCGGAAAUGAAUCUCCCAAGAAGCAGGAAACAAUGAAAUAUUCGACCAGAGUACGUUAUGUAGUUGAUCCUUUAACAAAGAUCAAUAGCAGUUACCGCAAGGAUUACAAUAGCGAAACGUAUAAUGUGCUAAAAGAUACGUUACGACCACGGUUAUUGUCGGAGAGUUCUUCCGCCGAUUCGGAAGAUAGUUUUAUAGUUUUUGAAGGCAGCGACGACGAAUCACCAAAGCAAGACGCGACAGAAGAUUCAAUAUAUGAUAUAUCUGAUUCUUCGACGGAAAUCAACAAUGAUCACUGCAAAAAUUAUAAUAAAAGAUAUAUGCAUGAAGAUUUGUUCCAAUUCUCAGAAAGUGCCGAAGAUACUGAUGAUAGUUUCUGCAUAGUAUUCAACAGUGAAUUGGAACAGAACUGCGCGACCGAUAACUGCGCGAACGUUAACUGUAUUAAAACAGACAUGUCUACUUCCAUGCAAGACAACUCAAUAGAGGACGAAACAAUGAUUGAAAACAAUAAAGAUAGUGAGAAAUCAACAGUACAAACAAAGAAGGUGAGUUUUGCUUCAACUCCAAUCGUACACAUCAUGGUAACAUGGAAUUAUGCAUAUCGAGCAGCUCGGAAAGGUCAGUGGGAAGAAAUGGCACGGGAUAAUGAAAGAUUUAAAGGACGUAUAAAUUCCAUUGCAGCUGUCCUUAAUCCAAUUUUAACAAGUAAACAUCGCUCUAAAGUUUGGCAAGAACGAUUCACUUUUCAAGAGUAACUUGCACUUUUAACAGUAUAAAAUAAUUUGUAAUAGAAAAAAGAAGAAAAGCAGAAAAAGAGAGACACAAAGAGAAUGAUUGUAUCAGGUAUUGCAUUAAAUAUGUAAUUAUAUUCUAAUGUAAUGUAUGAUACAAUUUUUUUUUAACGCACAUACAUAUCUUUUUUUUUGCUUUUUCUACAUUCUCUACUAUAAAUGAUCUCUUAUACUGUUAAAUAAGAUAUAGUAAAUUUAAAAUAUAUAGGAAAUAAUGCAUAAGUAGAUAAUAAUUUAUAUUGUUUAAAUAGUAGUAUAAGAUAAAAGUAAAAUUAAUAUUUUCGAAAUGCAGAAAAUGGCUGUGAACAUUAUUACAAAGAAAUCGUUUUUAGUGUAUGGCUGAGAUAUAUAUAUGGUGUCCAAUAUGAUGUUUUUUUUUAUUUUUAAUAAGUCAAAAUAGUCAGAUUAUUAAUUUUAUAAUAUUAAUUUUUGCAUUUAGAAAGUUUCUAGCAGCUUUAUUGAAAAUAGACUUUAAUAGAAAAAUGUGCACAAACUUUUCUAAUCUGAUAAAAAUAUCACUUUUGUAAUGUUUUAUGAUUACAUCAAGAAUUUUGUCUUGGAGUUCUAAUGACAUAUAACUUUAAACUUUUAAUGCAAUUGAGUACAAUGCAAUAUAUAUAUAACAAUAGUAUAUUUAAAACAUAUAUAUUGGACAAGUUACUAAAUGUUUUUAAUUAAAGUUCUUAAUAGAUUAUAUAGGAUGUAUCAGUUACAAAAUAAUUAUAUAUAUUUCUCUGCCAUUGUUUAAAAAUAAACAUUGUAUAAUAAUUGUAAUAUAAAAAUUCCAAAAUACGUUCAUAUUUUUUCAUAACAAUAAAACGUGCAACAUCUAUACUCUAAAGAUGCAUUGCAAAUAGAAGGUACUUUAAGAACUCAUGUUCACAUGCAUUUCCAAACCUUUGGAAUUAUCAUUUUCUGUUAUAUUAUGUCUUUUGUAACUUUGUUUUUCUUUCUAACAUUGACAUGCAUAAGAAUUGAGUGCAUUCAUUUUAAAAACGAUAAAAAUAUUAAUGAAAAUUAUAGUAAUAUAAGUAUAUAACGAAGAAAAUUUAAAUAAAAAAUAUUUAAUGCCUUUUGUUAAGUGUGAAAUAUAAUAUAAUUCUCGGAUCUGUAUUUUAUUAUAUACUCUAUUCCCUUUUUUCAUUCGGUAAUCUAUGGAAAUAACUGAAUUAGAUAACAGAGCUAUUAUAUUUUACAGACAAAUUUUUGAAAUACAUUUCUGUGUAUAUGUGUAAUGGUUGUUGCUUAAAAUCCGAUUGCACCAAUAUUUUGGUUUUAAGCGAGACUUAAAACUUUUGGCUUUUGGCAAUAACCAUAAUAUAUGGCUUUUGACUUUAGUCUUUAGAUUGUAACUUAAUCGUUAAUUUAUUAUUUAAAGCUGAAAGUUUUAAGUCUCAUUUAAAACCAAAAUAACAUUGAUGUAAGCAGAUCUAUGUGGAUAUAAUAUAGAAACCAGAACUCGAUAAAAUUUAUAUUACAUAUAUUUUAGACUUUGAAAUCAUUUACAAAGUUCCAUUAAUGUAAUUAUUUUCUGUAUAAUAGUACAUUAAAUAGAUCACUUUGAACCAUAACCAUCAAUGUAUAUUUAUAACAAUGUAUAUAUAAUGUCUCAUAUAUACAAAAGUUCAUGUACAUAAUUUAUAUGUCGCGAGUUGCGAAAUUGACGGAUAAAUCGACGGACAAAUUUUAAAACGACAAGGCCUAUCAGAAAUGUACGGUAUUUUUAUUUGUAGUUGUAUACAUACACACAUUUUCACACACAUACAUUAGCUUUGGUAUCUUAGGUGUAAUAAAAAUAGUAUAGAGAGAAAAGAUGAUUUUAUCACGAAUAAAGAAUUUUCGUGACAAAUA